GACGUAGGCAGCUCGAGCGUUUUGAGUUGUUUUUAUUUCCAACUCGGAGCGGAUGGAGACGGAAAGAGUCGCUCGCGCUCCGGUGCUGUGUGCGUGUGUGUUUGUGCGCGCGCGGCGAGUGAGUGCGCGCUCCCGCCGCUCAGAACUCAACCUACAAUAAAGCAACAAAAAGAGAGAGAGAGAGAGAAACAAAGCAAAGAGGAAUUUAAAGAAAGAAAGGAGAAACUGAGGUGCAGGAAGAAGAGCGAUGCAGAAGCGGAAGGAGCAGGAUGAGUGUGAUGCUCUGCAGGCUCGUGGCGUAUCUCUCCGUCUCUCUGCACGCGCUCAUCUCCCCGUGCCAGCUCCAUCCUCAGCCCUGUGGCAUCCUCGCGCAGAUCGGACACACCAUCCGCCUCGGCGCCGUCCUGCCCUCCCAUCAGCCCUCGCGCGUCCGAGCCGCCCUGAACCGCGCGCUCGUUCAUGCCAGAAACUGGCCCCACGCGCCGCUCUUACCCUACAACCUGAGCCUGGAGGUGGUGUGGGCGCGAGCGGCGCACGCGGACCCGGAGUCGGUGUUCAGGUGCGUGUGUCAGGACGUGGUGGUGCGCGGGGUCUCGGCCGUGCUCGCGUUCCCGCAGAGCCAGCACGAGCUCGUGCAGGUGGAGUUCAUUUCCGCUUUUCUGGAGAUCCCGUUCAUCAGCAUCAUCGAGGAAGGUGAAGCGCUUCAGACGCAGAACCGGUUCCACCUGCAGAUGCUGACUCAUGUCCCUGCAUCUGGAUUGGCUGAGCUGCUUCUGUCGGUUCUGGUGCGAGCGGGGUGGCAGGGCGGGGCGGCGGUGAUGUGCCCAGGAGGGGGCGACACCGGGGUGUUGGAACACCUCCACCAGCAGGGGCGGGCCGGGCUAAACGGCUCACGCUGGCACCUGUGGGAAACCCUCGACCUCUCCAGCCACUGGGCGUCUUGGUCAAGCGAGGAGGAAGCUAAUAAUAACAACAACAACCAAUUUAUUUUACAUAAAAAGCCUGAGGACGUGUCACAGGAAGUUACUGAUAAGGAACAGGAAAUGAGCGAGCUCCUCUCACAGCUCAUGAACCGAACCCCGUCUGCUCUGCAUUCCAGCGUGGUCGUGUUUGGGUCAGACCCGGAGUGUGUGAGCUUGGUUUUGCGUGGAGCGACGCGACUCGGACACACACUCUGGGUUCUAGGACUGCCCCUGAACCCGGACGCUUUAAGUGCCCUUGGGUCCCCAAAAGGCCUGCUGGCAUACGGACAGACGGAGCGCCGGCCGCUCAGCUCCUACAUCGGCGACGCGCUGCAGCUGGUGGGCCGAGCCGUGUCUGACGCCAGCGUGGUGCGACCCGACCUGGCGCUCAUCCAGAACAUGGUCAACUGCUUCGACAAGCCCAAUAAACACGAGCUGCUGUCAUCCGGACACUACCUGUCCAGAUUCCUCUCCAACAUGUCGUUCGAGGGCCUGACAGGUCAUGUCACUGUGCAUCCCUCCAUCUCUAUCGUUUCCACCACACACGGGUUCCACGUUUGGAGCCUUCAGAGGGACGCUCUAGGUCAGCCAAGCUGGGCCACGGUGGCUGAAUGGCAUUCUGGACACUUGGAGAUGGAUAAGAAGAGUAUUUGGCCGGAUUUAAUGAAACAUGAGCUGGAUCAGGAGACGACCGUCAAGCCCGGCAGACGCUGGCAUCACGGAUUUCCUGUUUCUGGGCACAGACUCCGUGUUGUGACUUUAGUGGAGCAUCCGUUUGUUUUUACCCGCAAGGCUGAUGAAGAUGGCCGAUGCCCAGCUGGACAGCUUUGUCUGGACCCUCGAACCAACAACUCAGACAUCCUGAACCGUCUUUUCACAGAUCUGGAGCAGAAAAACAGCAGCUCGUUACCAGGUGACAUGAUCAAAUGCUGCUACGGAUACUGCGUCGACCUGCUGGAGAAGCUCGCUGAGGAUAUGGGGUUUGAUUUUGAACUCUACAUCGUAGGCGACGGAAAGUACGGAGCGUGGAAAAACGGGCAGUGGACGGGACUGGUGGGAGACUUGCUGAGCGGCGCAGCCGACAUGGCCGUCACGAGCUUCAGCAUCAAUUCAGCGCGGAGCAAAGUGAUGGACUUCACCAGCCCGUUCUUCUCCACCAGCUUGGCCAUCCUGGUGCGCAGUAAGGACACGGCCGCGCCCAUCGGAGCCUUCAUGUGGCCGUUACACUGGUCCAUGUGGGUCGGGAUCUUCAUCACGCUCCACAUCACCGCACUUUUCCUCACGCUCUACGAGUGGAAGAGUCCGUUUGGAAUGACGCCGCAUGGACGAAACCGGGUCCGAGUCUUUUCCUAUUCUUCUGCGCUCAACCUGUGUUACGCCGUGCUGUUCGGACGAACUGUCGCGAGCAAGACGCCAAAAUGCUGGACCGGACGAUUCCUCAUGAACCUCUGGGCCAUUUUCUGCCUGCUGGUGCUCUCCAGCUACACCGCGAACCUAGCCGCUGUGAUGGUGGGCGAGAAAAUAUUCGAGGAGGUUUCGGGAAUUCACGACGCCAAGCUCCAGCAUCCGUCUCUGGGGUUCCGCUUUGGUACGGUCCACGAGAGCAGCGCCGAAGACUACAUGAAGAAGAGUUUUCCUGAAGUGCACGAGUACAUGAGACACUUCAACCAGCCCACCACACCACAGGGGGUCGCUACACUCAAGACAGAUCCUCCUCAACUCGACGCUUUCAUCAUGGAUAAAGCUCUGCUUGACUACGAGGUCUCCAUUGAUGCUGAGUGUAAGCUUCUGACGGUGGGAAAACCGUUCGCUAUCGAAGGUUAUGGUAUUGGAUUACCCCAGCAUUCCCCGCUGACCCGGAACUUUUCGGAGGUCGUGAACGGUUAUAAGUCGGACGGUUUUAUGGAUCUGCUGCAUGAUAAAUGGUAUCGGGCCACUCCCUGCGGAAAACGAAGCUUCGCCGUCACCGAGACUCUGCAGAUGGGUAUCCAGCACUUCUCUGGACUCUUUGUGUUGUUGUGUGUUGGUGUUGUGUGUUCAUUACUCACACUGCUGAGUGAACACACCUUCUACAGCUUCAUCUUACCGCACCUGCACAACCAACACAGACUGAAGUACUGGCUCCACACCAGCCAGAAGAUCCACCGAGCUUUAAACACGGUGUGUGAUGAGAAGAAGACAGAAACCGUGAACAAAAACACAAACAUUCCCUUGUGUCUGUCAGAAGGCUGUCAGCUCCACUGUCUGCCCUCCGCUGAUCCCUCCAUCUCCUCCUCCACCUACAACAGGUGGAACGACGGAAGCCCUGAAGCUACGAGCAGCGAACUCAAAGAUGCUAAUCACAAGCGUGUCCACUUCGACCUGGGGUCAGAGCGAGGCAUUAAGAGCCCUGACGCUUUCAUGGAAGGUCCAGACGUGGGCAUCAAGCGCUCAGAUGAGGCCAUGUGUGACCUGCUGGUGCCGGAUCUGGGCACUAGGAGAUUGGAUGGGGGCAUUAAGAAGCUGUUGAGGUCACAGCGGGGUAUUAGGGGGUUAGUGGGCAGCCCUCCUUCUCAGCUGUGUGCCAACGGAGAUGCAGCGUCAGGACUCAGCCUGGUUCUCCUGCCCCCUGCCUGCCCCGCCUCAUCUCGCUCCUCUCUGUGGGAAGGGGAGCUUCAGGAGAUCGAGGGCAAAAUCGAAGAAUUCCGGGGGAACCUGCGGGCGGCGCUGGCACGGAGAGCCGAGCUCCAGAGGAACCUGGAGAAAGAGAGAGAGAGACAGAGACAGACGGAGAGAGACAGCAGCUGUCUCUCCAUCAGCACAGACAUGAACAGGAGGAGGUGAUGAGUGAGACAGGAGGGACGAACGAGUGCCGUCUCUCUUCUCAUUCUGUAUACAGGAAGUGCCGUUAGUUCCUCUCUGCCCUGCAGCUUCAUGUGCGCUUCCCUACAGAUGCACAUCCUGUUUCUUACAAGCGGAACAACGUGACUGAACUAAAAAAAAUAAAAAAUUAUUAUUUUUUUUUUUUUCAUUUUUCAAAAUGUAACGGUUUAAAAGUUAUGGAGAGAAAAGAGAAUGAGAGAAAACUGAAACGGGGAAAAAAGAAAAGGACUGAAAACGGACAGCGAGGAGAGAAAGAGAGAGAGAGGGAGACGAGACAAGAAAAGGAAAGGAUGUGGAGGAAAAGAGGAAAAAAUCGAGGAGGAAAGGAUUUAAAAAGCGAAGGAAAGAUCGUGAAAGAGAGAGCAGAGAAGAACAAGUAAGACUCAAAAAACAGAUGGGAAGUAGAAAGAAAUGAAGGGAUAAAAGAAAAAAGAGCAGAAGAUAGAUAAUGAAAAAUAAAACCAGAAAGUAACAGAAAGAGAAAGAGUACAAAGGGAAAUAGAGAAGGAAAGAGAGCUGGAAGUUGACUGGUGCUGAUUGGUCAGCGGCUGUAACGAUCGUCAUGACAUCGUCAGUGGGAAUUCUCCGCCGCUGGAUUGUUAAUAUUCCGCUGUAAUGUUGUUUAACGCAUGACGUAAUGCUGAUAGAGUUCUAGAAGAGUUUUUUUUGAAGGCUGGAGAGUGAUGAAGGAAACACAAACGUUGUUCGGAUAAAACAUCGGAAACGUUUCAGACGUCUAUAAACGACUGGAUUCUACAGCACACUGUGCACGCUUUGGCCAUUUUACUCAUUAUUAUGAUUCUGUGAUUAUUCCAAUCAUAUUGUUUACGUUUAUUUAAACACAGGCAUGUGUAAGGACACACCUACAUUUAUGCAAAUAUAUCACUAACACGUUUUUGUAUAUAAACAGAAGGGUUUUUUUCUUUUCUGCAGUAUAUAUACAUAUGCAAUAUAUCAGAAUCAACACUAGAGAUAUCUACCGAGAUGUAAACAGUACAUUCUGAAAUAAAUAAUGACGUUAGACAGUU